AUGUCGACAGUACUUAUUAUUUUCAAUUAUUGCUUUUAUUUAGAUUCAUUCUAUACAGGAUAUGAAGGAACCUAUAACACUUCUCAGCUUAAUGAGAUUGUUCGCUUAAUCAAUUCGACCUGUAAGAUUAUUAUAACGAUUCUAAUUCUAAUGAAAUUCAUUACACUUUGA